AUGUACUCGCGUGCGGUGCAUGCGCUCUGGAGGCUGGGUGCGGGGAUGGGUGGACUUCGCUGCUUUGAAAGCUGGCAAGUCUGCCAGAAUUUCCAGAAAUUCGGAGACUCUAGAGAUUCAGGUGGAAAAGUCGGCCUCUUCGAACAUAACCAAGUUAGACGGCUUUCAGCCGCAACCGGUGCCGACCUUCAAGCUGCCCCGGAUGGCCUUCCACGACACCAUCAUCGCCGGCGUCCCGCGCACACCGAUCGUAUCAACUCGAUCGGCAUCAAUCCGUAUAGAAAAACGUAUCUGAGCGCCGAUGAU